AUUUGAUGAAAGCAAGCAAGAUGCAUCCUCAACCAGUUACAUGUACUUGAAACAAGUAUGAAGUCGCCCUUAUUGCUCCGCUAUCCCACAAUCAUUGUCUUUGGAAACUCAGGAUCAGGCAAGUCCACUUUAGCCAGAAAUCUCGUGUCCAAGCACCCGGAAUGGCCUCAUUUGGAUCUGGAUUCCAUUGCUUGGUGUCACAAAGAUGACCAAUCUGUUCCGAAACGGAAACCACACCACAUUGCUACACAGGAAUUGGAUCGCUGGAUUAUGGCUCAACAGCAGCGGAAACCUCCAGAGUUGUGGAUCAUGGAAGGAUGUUAUGCCGAUCUCUUGAGUCACGUCGCUCCCAAGGCCACAUUGACCAUUUUCCUCAAUUUACCCAUUCUCACGUGCCAAGAAAAUGCCAAGGCACGGCCGUGGGAACCACACAAGUACCCACAUGGCAAACAAGAUCAAGAUGCGAAUCUACCCAUGCUAUUAGAUUGGAUUGCAGACUAUGAGCAUCGUAGCAAAGACAGCGACUUUUCCAAACAUGCUCAUCAGGCAUUGUUCGAUUCCUUUGACGGCAAGAAACUGGAAAUCACUUCAAACUGGAGUCCUCAAGAUUAUAGUAUUGAACAAACUCUUCUCUCGUUAAAUUGAUUGAGGCCUCUUUCGCUCGGCAUUUUCAAUCAAACGGCUAAGCAAACAAAGAACCCGGAAGUUGUGCAGGGAGGUCAGUAUCAAAACCUAGACUACCUGUCUGAAAAUCACAAAGAGCUUUUAAAAAAUUUGCAGUGCAAGCGCUACCACCGACGCAGAAAGCAAAUUGCCCUGGUAAAUUUGUUUCUCAGGUGUGCUGCUGGGCAUUGCUGUAGCGUCAAACACACCUGGAUGCAUGUGGAAUGUGGAUUUCGCAGUACUUUUUUUGUUUGACCGGGCCUGGUCCCAGGAAGAGCCACGGUAUGGUACCUGUACAGCCCAGUGGUAGAGCCAGUAAAAUUGGUACCGUAUAGCUGUC